AACGCAAGACAAAUUUCCGUUGCGCCUUGAGUUAAACUCUAUAUAAGGUCCAUUCUAGCAAUUUCACUCUCACAUCUUUUCGUGAGAAACUAAUUGAAAGGAUGCAGAACCACAGAUUUCAAGACACUUUCCCUCGCUCUUCUUCUUCCCAUUUCCUCUGGGAAAGAAUGCAUGGGUUCUUCCUUGCCCUGGUUACAUGCACAGUGUGUACCUCUGCUUUCAAGCUCCAGCAAGGGAAAAGCACAGAAAACUGCCCAGAUCACACCAUGUUUUUCCAAUACUACUAUGAACUGCACGGAGAACCUGUGGUUCUGAAAUGCCCUUCCCCCAGAUACAAACAUAUGGAUUUUUCUGCCUUGACACACAAUAUCACAUGGUACAAAAAUGAUUCAAAAACCAUGAUAUUAGGAAGAGACGAAGAUCCAAGAAUCUGGGCAAAAGGAGAUGCACUCUGGUUUUUGCCAGCAAGGCAAGAAGACUCAGGAGUAUAUAUCUGUACCAGAAGGAACUCCUCCUACUGCGCCGAGGUGUCCAUCCACCUCACAGUCGUGCAGAAGGCAGCAGCUCGGGACAUUGCCUAUCCCCAGCUCCUCUUCACUUUCACCUCUGGAAAGAUCAUUUGCCCCAACCUGUGGGAGUUUACAACAAACAGGACGAACGUGGAUCUCCAGUGGUACAAGGAUGCUGUGCUUUUGGAAGAUGACAGUGAAAAAUUUGUAUUUCUGAAAGAUUCGACUUCUCUGUUCUUCACUUCUGUAUUACCGACAGACUCCGGCUACUACACCUGCAAAAUGGCUUUUCCGUAUGAAGGUGUCACAUAUGAAAUCACCCGGACAAUUAAACUGCAGACAGUAGAACAAGAAAAGAGAAUUACCCCCAUAAUUGUGUAUCCAACUCAGAAGACAACAUCAGCUGCUCUUGGCUCCAAGAUGACUCUCCCAUGUAAAGUAUUUGCUGGACCAAACAGCAACAUCUAUACUGACGUGGAAUGGUUAGCAAAUGAUACCACGAUCGAUGUAGUUUACAAGCAAAACAGAGUCACGGAGGGGGAACGACAAGAAAUCACAGAAAAUGGUGAGAACUUCAUUGAAGUGCCACUGAUUUUUGAAUCUGUGGAAGAAGUGGAUUUUUACACAGAUUUUAAGUGUCUGGCCCAGAACAGAUAUGGAUCCCAAGUACUGCCAACACGGGUAAAGCAGGAAGCUGUCGGCUUGCCCUGGUACAUUGCAACGAUUCCAGUCGCACUGGCCUGUGUCAUCCUGGCGGGAAUAUGCGUACAAAAGCGCUGGAAGCAGAAAGCUGAUAAAGGAUACACAAUAGCAAAGGUUUAAAAUCUGCUUUGUUCUCCACGGCCAACAGUGAAAAAUUCAUCCUGGCUAUCUUUCACGUGAGACACAGAGAGACAUUUUGGACCAGACAUACUGCUUUCCCAGCAGAUGGAUGUAUAUCAGCUUUUUUCUUCUUCUCCAUGCCUUCCAUGAUUUGAUUAAGUUAGAAAUAUACGUUUGUAUAAAAUGCUGCUUAGAAACAGAGAACCUGCUUCUAUGGUAAGGCUGUGACUUACAGCAUUUUGAAAUACAGUGUCCCAUGUACAUACCCUUGUUAUGAGACAGGUAGGGAAAGUUAGAUGGUCUUGUCCUUUGUAAUUCCAAUAGUUUCGUCCUUUGAAAAAAAAAAUAAUAAAAGGUGUAGAGGAAGCUGAGAACCUUAAAAAAAUCAAUCAAACAAACAAAAAAACAACAACAAAACAAGAAAGUUUUCUCCAAAAGGGCUACUUUGCACCAGUGUGGAAAUAUAGUUCCCUUCUGCAUCCAAACUCACUUUAUUUUUGUUUUUAAAAAGCCAGUCUUUCCUUUUUUUUCCGGAGCCUAAUACAGUUGUCAUAUCAACUGUAAAUCUAUGAACUUUUCCAGAGAGAAUAAAAUUUUAUUUUUUUUACCACUCAGCUUGUUCUUUGCUUUAAUUGGUUGUCUCAGAUUAUCCCCCUCCCAGAGAUAACUACCUCAACGUAAUGGAGUAAUAGUAGUGUACACUGCAGAAUUCGGUUCUCUUGUAUCCACUAACAUCUCAUAUCCAGAGAUUCAUAGGCAGCUGUAACAUGCUGUUAUCUAUGCCAAGAAAAGAAUUCGGAUGAUGUUUUAGUGUUUAGAAAGUCAUUUGACUGAUACAAAUAAAGUUUUAUUCCUGGAAUAGAUUGGACAGAUUAUCAGUAACAAUGGACAUUCUUGUCUGUCAGUUUUCCAGCUUCUGUUGCUGGCCUGCUCCUCCUCUCUGGUAUGAAUAUAAAAGUCUUUAAUAGAUUCCUGUAAACAAUGAGUCUGCACCAGUCUCAAACUGAUGCAGUUUCGGGAACUGUGCAUCCUUUUCAUUGAAAUAUGCAGUUUGAUCACUCAUGAUGCAAAAUAUUGCCUAUUUUUGGUUUUGUCUAACUGGAUUCAAGUCUUGUUAAAUAUCAGAAGGGAGUAAUAAAUAAUCAGUAACCAUGCUGUACUUUGAGACUCAAAAUGAGUAGAACUUGGUUAUUUUCUCUUCCAAUCAGUAACACGACAGUGGAGAAGUAGUUCCAUCAUAUGCAUUACCGUCAUAUGAAUAGGAAGGGAAGAGACCCAGCUUUAAGAUUUAGAUCAUUACAGAUCCAGAAGUGACACCUCUCACGGACACUGAAGAAAAAGAUUUAUUUUGGUAAUUCAGCCCAGACGUUUUUCAAACUUUAAGAAAAAAAAUAAUCAGGAAAAUGUUGGCUCCAAAUAAACAGAUCUGUAAAGUAAGAAGUGUUGGAACUGCAUGUAGUCUCACAAACUACAGAGACGAACUACUCCCAUUUGUCUGGGAGGGGCCAUAAUCAAACUGCUUUCCACCACCACUUAGACCUGGAUCUGAAUUUAGCCGCCAAAAAUAUUUGAAGCAUUUCAAAUAUGUGACUUGAAUUAAGAAAUCCUUAAAUCUAUUAUCAGAAAUUGUCACAUCUUAUGAGAUCCAAGCCAAAAUUUCUCUUUAAGUAUUCUAAUUGUUUUCUGUGAAGAUGUAGGAGUUAUAUUUCUGGCAGUUUGAGUCAAUGACAACCAGAGAAGACCACAGGAAUUAUUGUUUCCAAGUGCAGGAUAUUAAAGAUGAUGAGAAAGAAUACACAUAUUUUAUGGUCAGAGGUGAAAAAGGUGGCUGAGCAUGUUGGAAAAUGUUAGUUCACUUGUAUAUCUGUCCUUUGAAGGAAGAAAAAUACUGAAUCAAGGAAUGUGAGAAAAGAGUAGGUUUUAGGUACAUAAGGAAUGUUCUUUUUUCAGCAAUUGCUAUUCUAUAACUAGAGAACAAAUUAGGUUUUUCAAUAAAUGCAACCUUUCAAAAUGUAGUUUGCUCUUCCCAUCCAUCUGUACCCUCUAUGAGUAGCAUGAUGACACAUCUGGCUGUAGGAGCGCAGUUGGAUUUCACUCAGUAGUGGAAAAGAAGUAGAACUUUGUAUAUGGAGUGCUGGUGCCAAAGACAGUUAAUACCUCAGACUGUCCUCCAAACUGGAGAAGGAAAUGUGAGUGUGAAUAAAAUUUGGACAUACGGAGA